AGGACACUUCCACUUCACUCCAAUGUCUACUCCGCCUCCCAGAUCGCACCCCUGCUCAAGCGCAUGAGCAGUCCGGGAAGAGAAUGAUCAUUACCGGCGGAACAUGGCAGUCAAACUCCACACCUACCACUCGCUAAUACGAACGUGCAAUGCCACCAGACGAGGCUGCGGACGAGGAAGGUGUGAGGCGGAGGCGAUCGCACGACUAUCACGAUGAUGCGGAGAUUGGCGUAGAUGGCGCAAGAGAUGGAGUCCACGUUGGCACACGCACUCUCAGUCUACACGAAGCCUCCACGCAGCGUUCCUCGGGAAGCGACAUCACCCCGCCGCUGUCAUCAUCGAGACCCAUGUCUACAGGCGAGGCGGGGGUGACACGCAAUAUCGCUGGCAAGAAGAGAAAGAGCGAUGAGAUUGCCAGGGACAGUCCGACUGCAAUGGAGGCCCACGGAUCUCCGUCCUCUCCAAUGCGCAUCGAUACCAGAGCUGCCAACAACCCUACGCAAAGAAGGCCACCCGUACAUACCACUCCCUCCUCGCCGCGCUCCAGACAUCGAGGCAUGUCCUUGCGCACUUCUCUAUUCACCAGGAAUGUCGACCGAGCAACACCGGCCGGAGACUCGAUCAUUGAGAUGCACGACCUGCCCGGCUCUAGCAGCCAAUUCAGCGACUCUGACCACGUCAAGAAAGAUAUUCAGCCCUCGGUUAGCGUGACUGCAAUCCAUGGCGACUUUGGCCCGCCCACCCCGGAGCGAACUCGACACGGCCGCAUCAGCCUGCUUCCCUCCACUUCUGCCGAUGGCUCUCUGACAAAAGGACCGCGAGGAAUGUCCGUAUUGCCAAACUACCAGCAAUGGAUGCAGGAACAAGCGAACAGACAUCUACCCGUCCGGCGCGCCAAACAGACAUACAAGCAAUUACGAAAAUGGAUCCUUCGAAUCCAAGAGAUCCCACCUUCCAAGGACGGCAGACAUAUCCCGCUGGACCCUCAUCGAAAGAAGGCUUUGAUAGACGAGCGCACCCGACGGCCAUUCGUGAGCAACUUUAUCAAGUCCUCCAAGUACACGCUAUGGAACUUCUUGCCUCGACAGCUCUUUGCGCAGUUCUCGAAGCUGGCAAACCUCUAUUUCUUGACCAUCAGCAUCCUCCAAAUGAUUCCGGGACUGUCGACAACAGGCUCCUAUACCACCAUCAUUCCGCUCAUGUGCUUCGUUUCAAUCUCAAUGGCCAAGGAAGGAUACGAGGACUUCCGUCGGCAUCGUUUGGACAAGGCUGAGAACAAUCGAGAAGCACUCGUCCUUCAUGCAUACAGGCCCGUGCAAGUGGAAGCAGAGGAGCUGAAGGAUGGACCGGUUCACUGGGCGACAGUCAAAUGGCAGUCCUUGCAAGUCGGUGACAUUGUCAAAGUAGACCGUGAUCAGCCAAUACCGGCCGAUAUCAUGUUACUCAGCAGCAAAGGCCCGAACAACACCGCCUACAUCGAAACGAUGGCGCUGGAUGGUGAGACAAACCUCAAGACCAAACAGCCCAGUGCCGCUCUAGUUGGCAAAUGCGCAACACCUGAGGAUAUCGUGGGGUUGAAGAGAACUGAAAUGGCAGUUGAGGACCCUAACAUUGAUCUGUACAACUUCGAAGGCAGGCUGUCGGUACACGACGACACGAGCCCCCUCACCAACAACGAAAUCAUCUACCGAGGCAGUAUCCUCCGCAACACCCCCGAAGCAAUCGGAGUCAUCCUCUAUACCGGCGAUGAGUGCAAAAUCCGGAUGAACGCCAACCGCAACCCCCGCAUCAAAGCGCCCUCCUUGCAAGGCGUCGUCAACAAGAUCGUCAUCUUCAUGGUCUUCUUCGUCGUCGGCCUUGCCCUCAUCAACACCAUUGCCUAUCAAGUCUGGCACGUGGACUACGAGCAGAAAGCAUGGUACCUCACCGACGCGCACGUGGCUUUCAUCCCUAUUAUUGUCAGCUUCAUCAUCAUGUUUAAUACCAUGAUUCCAUUGUCGCUGUACGUCAGCUUGGAGAUCAUCAAGGUCUCGCAGAUGGCGUUGAUGAAUUGCGAUCUGGACAUGUAUGAUGAAGCUAGCAAUACCCCUUUUGAGGCGAGGACGUCGACGAUCAAUGAGGAGCUGGGACAGGUCAGCUAUAUCUUUAGUGACAAGACUGGCACGCUGACGGAGAAUGUUAUGCGAUUGCGGAAGUUGAGUGUUGCUGGGGCUGCUUGGUUGCAUGAUACAGAUUUGAAAGACACUCCCAUGGAAGACAGGGAGGUAGGAGACAAGGUUGACGGCAAAUCCAAAUGCAAGCAUGCGAUGUGGAAGCUUCCAAGGAAGUCCACCACCGGCAGCAGACCGAACAUCAACAACAUGCCCAAAUCGUCGCACGGGAUCGAAGCCGCACCCAGGAACUCUACCACCUCGUGGCACUCCGCGGUCCCUGCUAUCCGCCAGCCAGAUAUGUCGACUGCCGAGAUCAUCCGCUACAUUCAGCGGAACCCGCAGACGCCGUUUGCCAAACGAGCAAGCAUGAUGAUUCUCUCCCUGGCCGUAUGUCACACUUGUCUCCCCGAGAUCGGCCAGGACGGCGAGCUCAGUUACCAAGCCGCAUCCCCAGAUGAGAGAGCCUUGGUCGAGGCGGCGAGUGAGUUGGGGUACACAUUUUUCGACAAGACCCUGAGCACGCUCACCCUCAAAACCUUCCCCAACGGCCCGGCCGCAGAGCCUGUGUUGGAGAAGUACGAACUUCUAGACGUCAUCGACUUCUCCAGCACGCGGAAGCGCAUGUCUGUUGUGCUCGCCAUGCCCGAUGGCCGCCUCUGUGUCGUUUGCAAGGGCGCCGAUUCUGUCAUUACUGAGCGCCUGCGACUCGCCGAUCUUGCACGACAGAAGAUUGCGGAGGUUGAGAGGCGUGCGAGCCAGCGACGAAAUCUGGAGGCGCAGGAGGUCUUGCAUCGGAAGAGUGAGAGUGCGGAUCGCAGAAGCAGUGUUGGGAGUUUUCCGCGGACGAGCCUGACGCUGCGUAGUGGUUCUGUUAGUGGUCGGGCGAGUUUUGGACGCCUGACACCAAUUAAAGACGAUGACGAUGACUCGUUGGUGGAUCGAAGUGCUCAUACGCCAAGAGCUUCUGCUCAAAUUGGCCGUCAUUCAGUCGCAUAUUCAGAGCAUGUGUGUUCAGAAGUGCGGGUCGAAGAGAGUGUGGCGACGGACGAAUCGACUGUCAUCGAAAGAUGCUUUCAACAUGUGAACGACUUCGCCACGGAAGGUCUACGAACACUGCUAUACGCCCACCGCUAUCUCAGCGACGACGAGUAUCGGUCGUGGAAGAAGGUCUACCAAGACGCGACCACUUCCCUCGUUGAUCGACAGCAGAAGAUCGAAGCGGCCGGCGAGCUGAUCGAGCAAUCACUCGAGCUUACCGGCGCUACGGCAAUCGAAGACAAACUACAACAAGGCGUGCCGGAGACCAUCGAACGCCUCCGCCGCGCCAAUAUCAAACUGUGGAUGCUCACGGGCGACAAGCGCGAAACAGCCAUCAACAUUGGCCACUCCUGCCACCUGAUCAAAGACUACUCCACCGUGACCAUUCUCGACCACGAAGCCGGCGACAUUGAAACAACCCUCACCGCUGCCCUGCUCAACAUCCACCACGCCACGGAAACCAACACCAUCGCGCACUCCGUCAUCGUCAUCGACGGCCGCACCCUCGCCCACCUCCAAGCCUCCCCAACACUGCACACCCUCUUCCUCGACCUCGCCAUCCUGGCCGACAGCGUCAUCAGCUGCCGCGCCUCGCCGAGCCAAAAAGCGCACCUCGUGCACGCCAUCCGGCGGCGCGUGAACCGCAGCGUGACGCUGGCGAUCGGCGACGGCGCCAACGACAUCGCCAUGAUCCAGGAGUCGCAUGUUGGGGUGGGGAUCACGGGCAAGGAAGGGCUGCAGGCUGCGCGGUGCGCGGAUUACGCCGUGGCGCAGUUUCGCUUUUUGCAGAAGUUGUUGCUUGUACAUGGGCAUUGGAAUUAUGUGCGGACGUGCAAGUAUACUUUGGCGACGUUCUGGAAGGAGAUGCUGUUUUACCUCACGCAGGCUUUGUACCAGCACUGCACCGGAUAUACAGGCACGUCGCUGUACGAGCAGUGGUCGCUCAGCCAAUUCAACACGCUCUUCACCUCCCUCCCCGUCAUCUUCCUCGGCAUCUUCGACCAGGACCUCCGCCCCGCAACCCUGCUCGCGCACCCCGAACUCUACUCCGCCGGCCAACGCAACGCGCACUUCAACUUCCGCCUCUACCUCGCCUGGAUCAGCAUGGCCAUCGCCGAAGCAGCGCUCGUCUUCUUCACCAUGGAAACCCUCUGGGGCGCCGCCGUGCAGCCCGUGCCCGGCGGCCAGGACCUAUACUCCAUGGGCUUCCUGACCUUCACGGCGUGCGUGGUCAUCAUUAACACCAAGCUGCAGGUGCUGAUGCAGCGAUAUCGCACCUACUUGGCGGCGGGCCUGUGGGCGCUGGAGGUUGGGGGGUGGUUUGCGUUUAAUGCGGCGUUGAGUCUGACGUAUGCGGAUAAUUAUAUUUAUGAUGUCAAGGGGGCGUUGUUGCGGGGGUUUGGGCGGGAGGUGGGCUGGUGGGUCACGCUGGGGGUUACGAUUUUGGCGGUGUUGGUGUGGGAGGUGCUGGUUAGGGUGGUGUUGAAUGUGGUUAUGCCGACGGAGGUGGAGGUUUGGCAGGAGUUGGAGGGGGAUGUGGGGCUGAGGGAGAAGUUGGGGGUUUGUGAUGGGGAAGAGUUGGGAUUGAUGGGUAGUGGGAGGGAGGUGGAGAUGGAAGAGCAGGCGAAGAGGGAAGGCGAGGUGAGAGAUCUACUUGGUUUUCGGGAGAGGGGGUUGGAAAAGAAGGAUGGGGUUGUGGAGCAGAUUGAGUUUCUCGGGCAGACAGGAGACGAUGGUGAGGAUGAGAGCGGUUCUGGGCCGGUGAGGAAGAGCACGGAUGAACAGGAGAUGCUGUCGAGGCGGUUUGGCAGCGUGAGACGUGGGAGUUUGGGGGGUUGAGGAUUGGAUGUGCGAAAAACGGCCUUGCAUACAUGUAGGAGGGGAUUUGAUGUGUAAAUGAAAGCAUGAAUGGAUAUAUGAGAUGAUA